GCCUACAGCUAUCAUAAAACCCGACACCGGGGGCCCAGCCCUCCUCCACUCUCAGCGGUGCUGCCGAACCGGCCGAACCUUUCCCUUUCCAUUUUUAAAGCUGCAAAACCCUUUUCAAAAUUAUCCAUUUAUGAAAACGUAGAUGGAAAUAUUCUCUUUCGCAUCGAAAAAGAGAAUCCACUAGUAGUAAUAUUGGCCGCAGAGAUGGGUUCCGCUCCCUCUGUCCCACAGACGUCCAUUCACGAAUUCACUGUUAAGGAUAGCAAAGGAAAAGAUGUCGACCUGAGCAAUUACAAGGGGAAGGUGCUUCUGGUUGUUAAUGUUGCUUCCAAAUGUGGAUUCACUAACUCUAACUACACUCAAUUGACUGAGCUAUACAGCAAGUACAAGGAUAAAGGUUUUGAGAUAUUGGCCUUCCCAUGCAAUCAGUUCUUGAAGCAAGAGCCUGGAACAAGUGAGGAAGCUGAACAAUUUGCAUGCACACGAUUCAAGGCCGAGUAUCCAAUCUUUUCAAAGGUUCGUGUAAAUGGUCCAACUGCGGCACCAGUCUAUAAGUUCCUGAAAGCCAGUAAAGGUAGUUGGUUUGGGUCUAGCAUUAAGUGGAACUUCACCAAGUUUCUUGUUGACAAGGAAGGACGAGUUAUUCGCCGUUAUGGCACCUCAACUCAACCAUCAGCAAUUGAGGAAAUGCUAUGUUACGUUGACUGUUCAUUUGACCCCGAAGUAUCUGUGUAUACUCGACACGACACUGGUUGGGAAUUUUUUGGACACUUUUGACUUUUAUGAGGUGUGAUGUCGAUGUAAGAGGAGGAGACAUGGGUGAGAAAACUCGUGGACGUAGGAGACUUGUUGCACUGGAAUCCUGAUUGAGUCAUGACUUGUUGGUUACUUUAGAAUUCUUCAAUCCAUACUGAGCUAUGACUUGUAUGUUGGCUGCUUUCAUGUAAUUCAUAUAUUUACUAGAAAUUUGGCCGUGCCCAAGUACUCGUGUCCGAGUCCUUAAAAGUGUUCCUGUAUCCUAAUUUUAGGUAGUUGAUGAAUUAAACGGUUGGGACACGGACCCGAGUCCGAGUAACACAAAGGAA